AUGGCUGAUGCGCUUAGUCUACUGCGACAAUUUACAAUCGAAAACAAAGAGUAUACAAUCGACGGUGAUCGAUUUGUUUUCAAUGAUCUUGCGUAUCCAAAAGAUGUUAAAACAAAUUAUCUUGUUUAUGGUACUGGAAAAGACAACACACCCAAAGAUUAUUAUACUCUUGAAAGUAUUGUGUUCCUUUUGAAGAAUGUUGACUUACAACAUGCUAACUAUGUCAAAAAAGCUGGCGAAAAAAAUAUUCCAGCUAUUAGUCGUCCAGAUCGUAAAGAGCUGCUCGCAUAUCUUACCGGUCAAACAACUACAGCGGAUCGUAUCGAUAAGAAUGCUUCAUUGGAGAUUUCUAUGCAGCGGCCAUUGCAAGUGAACAAACGGCCUGCCGAAGAUCCUCGCAUGGAUGCUGCUAAAAUUCCUCGUGUUGAAGAUGAUGAUAUUGAAAAGAUUAAAAAUCGCCGAGAGAAGAAAUUUGAUGGCAAAAGCAAAGAAUUAGCUGCUGAUCAAAUUCGUCCAUUGUCCGGAGAACUGUCAACAGAAGCUAUUCUUAAAAUUCGAGCUAAAUUUCGUGCGACAGCUCGUGAUAAAAUUGUCGAUUUCAAAGAAAACGAAGAUACGCCAGAGCCAAGCACCGAACCAGUAUCAAUCACAGCAGAUACAUUUGAAAUUAUGAAACGUGAACGAACGUGGAGAAAUCGUUCGACGGUUUUGCAAAGUUCGAACAAAAAUUUCGCUAAAGAUAUUCUUUCCAUAUUGAAUUCGAUCAAAGCUAGAGAAGAAAGUGAACAAAAACAAGAAGCACUUGCUGCGCAUGUAUCACCAGUUCGUGAUACAACUACACGUGCGCCUGUUGAAGGUUAUUCUCGAUAUAAUCAAGAGAAGUUCGUGCCCCGAGAUGAUUCGGAAUUCAAAAUCGAUACACAUGCUUCAUAUCACGGUUUAACAUUGAAAACAGUGACUGAAGGUGCAACACCAAAUAAACUUCUGUCGGCAGCAAGUUCUUCAAUACCCAAACCGCUCACUCCGGCUACUGACAAAUUACAAUCAACGAAUGCAGAUUCAUCGAAACGUCCAUCGCGAACACCAAUCAUAAUUAUUCCACCCGCGCUGACAUCACUGAUAACAAGAUAUAAUUGUAAAGAAUUACUUGAAGAUAUGAAAUACAUCUCAACUGAAGAAGGUAAAGCCAGUGGAACGAAACGUGAUGGAGACAUAUUAAUACAACGUAAAAAGGGAAAUUUAACAGUGCCCUAUCGAAUCACUGAUGAUCCACUUCGAUUAACGAAGCAAGAUUGGGAUGAACGUGUGGUCGCUGUAUUUGCACAAGGUCCAGCUUGGCAAUUCAAAGGCUGGCCAUGGGGAGGCAAUCCAGUAGAAAUCUUUCAAAAAAUUAAAGCAUACCACAUCAAAUGGGGACAAUUGAAAACAGAUGCAAAUAUUGCAAAAUGGUCAGUACAUCUCAUUGAAUUGGAUCAAAACAAACGUCAUCUUGACUGUGCUCGUCUGCGAACGUUUUGGGAUUCUCUUGAUCAAUUCAUUGCAAAGAAUAAGUCUACAUUGAGGUAUUAA